AUGCAGAUUAUUCUAAUUUUUCUCGUCUUGGCUGAAUUGGCUCAAGCCACGUUUCCACCAUUUUUCAACCCAAUCACUGAGAAAUUGGUAGAAUUCAAGGAUCCACAGAAUACGGUCCUUCAAGGAUUCCUGGCCUAUCCAUCGUUCACCACUCCCCUCAAAAAACGUCCAGCUGUUAUUAUCUUCCACGCGUUCACCGGACGUACCGACUUCGACAACAAUAAGGCUCGUGAUUUGGCCAAGCUCGGCUACGUGGCAUUCGCUGCAGACACCUACGGAAAAGGAAAAGCGGCUCCAGAUGUGCCAGGAAACUUUGCUAUUAUGGGACAACUUUUGGGGAAUAGAACGACGAUCCUUCGAAACCGAAUUCUGGCUAAUUGGAAUUAUGUGAAGGCUCUUCCAUACGUGGAUACCAAUAAAAUUGGGUCCAUUGGAUUCUGUUUUGGCGGAUUGUGUACUCUGGAUUUGGCCAGAUUCAAUGUUGGGUUGAAGGCGGCAGUGUCGUUCCAUGGAACCCUUACUGAUUAUCCUGGAAAUGGAACCUCCAUCGACGCCUCCGUCCAAGCUCAUCACGGAGACGAGGACCCACACACGACGAACGCCGACGCCGACGCCUUCUUAGUAGAGAUGAGAAGACGUGACGGUGAUUGGAUGUUCACUAGAUACGCACAUGCUCUUCACGCCUUCACACUUCCCGGUGUCGAAAAUUGGGGAAUCCCUGGAGCCGCUUUUAAUCCAAUCGCUUCUAAUCGAUCCUGGUCGGCUAUGGAGACCUUUUUGGCUGAAAAAUUGUUGUAA